CAGGCAUCAGCGCAGGAGAAAACUUGACGGCUACAAGUCACAGUUCAUUCAUUUUUACCGCAGCAGGCAUGCCUCAUGCAGCCACCAGCACUCCUCCUGCUGUCUGGACCGAGAGUUGGUAAACUUUCCCCGGCCUUCCACUGGACUUUUCCCUGUUUUCACACUAUGGACCCGCUGCGGACGGACACCGGCGCUCCGGUACGACAUGCAAAUACGUACUCUGACGUCGGCGAUCAUGUGGCUUUUGGCGUAGAUCCUCCUUGUGAUCGCCAAUUUUUUCUUUCCUGUCGCCUGUUGUCUGCUCGGUUAUUGGACCGCCGUGAGAGUGUUUAGAGCAGAUUUCGGCCCAUUUUGUCGGUUAGCGGUGGCGUUGGGAUUGUACCACAUUACCUGAGCAUCGCGCCAAAACGGUGGGCAGGUAGCGUCCUGUCAUGCACUUCCAGGAGGUCGGCAAGCACUGGAGCUGACACUGUCAGUGAGCCCAGCCCAAACUACACUACAGCAGUCCCAUCUCUACCAGCCCUUCACCUUCCACUGCCCUCCUCUCUGUCCAGCCACUAAUCUUACCCCAGGGGAAGACUUUUCUUCACACUCCUCGGCUGCUGAGUUCCAUCCCACAAACUGUCUUGUGCUUGCUGCCUGUAUCUCCUGGCAUUACAUCCGCACCUUAGACUGUCUUUUCACAGUAGUCCUGCAUCCUGUGUCCUGGGCACCUCAGCCAUAGUCUCCUUUUACAACAUCCCUGGCCAAGCACGAACACCAGUUUAGCGCAGCUGUCCAACAGGACAAACCCAGGAUCUACCAUCAUCAUGUCCAGUCGACGGAAGGCUUCCACUCCAUGUAUGAUCCGACCAGAGCAGACCAUGGUGGAGCUGGAUGAUGAGGCAGACGAAACGCACAGCAUGGAGACAACAACAGAGAACAAUGCUGAGGAUGGGCCUAUGGAGGCAGAUCUCUCAACAGAAGCAGAGCCAUCCAUGGACCUGGAUCUUAUGGAAAAGGCCUCAGACCCCCCCACAGCUCCAGACAAACCUGCAACAGAGCCACCAGACCUUUCAAAGCCUCAGCGUAGGCAGCAGGGGGGCUACGAGUGCAAAUACUGCCCCUUCUCCACUCAGAACCUCAACACUUUCAAGGAACAUGUAGACGCUAACCACCCUAACGUCAUCCUCAACCCCCUGUAUCUGUGUGCCGUCUGCAACUUCAACACAAAGAAGUUCGACACCCUGACAGAACACAAUGAGAGAUGUCACCCAGGGGAGAGCAACUUUAAAUUCAAACGUAUAAAAAUGAACAAUCAGACAAUCUUGGAACAGACAAUAGAGGGGUGCAGUAACAAUGCAGUCAUUUACAACACUUCCAGUGCCAUUUCUAGCAAAGGGGACGAACUAGGCACUCUGCCACUCAGCAAACCCACCACAGUCAAAAUUGGUAAACCAAAAAUAAUGACAUCUGAUAAUAAACGGACAGAGUCUCAGUUGGGUAAACUGACCCCGGAUCUGGCCAAGAAACCAAUCACAGCGGUCAAUGUCAACGGGACAGUCAUAAUCCCUGAGUCGACUCUCCUUAAAGCAGAUGGUCUUUCUCACAUCAUGCCUUCCCUACAGCGGCCUCUAAACUAUACCCAGGUGCCGAAGAUCGCAGUGCCCCUCAACACAACCAAAUACAACCCUUCGCUGGACGACAACCUGACACUCAUCUCUUCCUUCAACAAGUUCCCCUACCCAACACAGGCUGAGCUCUCCUGGCUCACUGCAGCCUCAAAACACCCAGAGGAGCAAAUCAAAGUUUGGUUCACCACACAGAGGCUCAAACAGGGCAUUAGCUGGUCGCCCGAGGAGGUGGAAGAAGCCAGGAAGAAAAUGUUCAACGGUACAAUCUCCUCUGUGCCUCAAACCUUCACCGUGGUAACGCCACAGCUCAAUUCCCAAUCAUCCACCAACCCGUCUGCUGCCACUGCGGCCUCCAAACCAGUGCAGCCAGCAGCCUCUGUCCUGCAGUCCCUCCCCUGUCAGCUGCUGGGACAGAGCAGCCUUGUGCUGACUCCUGUAGCCAACGGCUCCACUGUCACUUGUGCACCCCUGGCACUCACAGUGGCUAACCAGGUGGCACAGUCGCUCAAACGACCCCUGGCCUCUCCUGUGAUCGCCACAGAGAGUAAACGACCCUCCAUUAUUCAAACCAUCUCGGCACCCAUGGCCACAUCCAAGAUGGCGUCACCCAAAGUGCUGAGUUUUACAGUUGACCCCAAUAAAACAGCUGAGCAGCUAUCAGUACUGAGGUCCAGCUACACACAGUGUCCUUUCCCUGAGGAAGAUGAGAUCUACAGGCUGAUAGAGACCACUGGGCUGUCCAGAGGAGAGAUAAAGAAGUGGUUCAGUGAACAGAGGCUCCUUAAUCUCAAAGGUGUUCCUCCACCACCAGUGCUGGUGAAAGCAGAGGUGACGUCAGCACCUAAAGAUGGUCUUGUAAAGAAAGCGGUCCCCAGUCAGUUUCCCCUGCUGGAGAGGGUGAAGGGAAAGACGUCAGAGCAGUUGAAUUCACUGGAGGAGAGUUUCCAGAGAAGCAGCUCUCCAACUGAGGCAGAGAUAGACCAGCUGGCCCAGGAGACCAGGCUGUCCAAGACGGAGGUGGACUGCUGGUUUUCAGAGCGCAGGGCACUGAGGGACAACAUGGAGAAGACUUUACUCACGAUGGCCUCAAAAAACGCAGAGGACAGACCGGACCGGCCUGGAGCGUUGCUGAACGGGGCUUCUCAUCGAGAGCAGGAUGGGAAACAACUCCGCUCUUCUCCUCACCCACCAGUCCUCUCAUCUUCCUCCUCUUCCUCCCCUCCUGUGCUCGCAGCCUCCUCCCCUCACCCACCGACCCUGUCCUCCUCUGCAUCUCCUCCCAUCCUCACUUCAUCCUCCUCCUCUUCUCCCCAUCCUCCCAUCCUGUCGGCCUCCACAAGCCCAGCUCCCAUCACCAGAGGGUCCCUCACCCUGCUCAGAGAGAUGUUCUGUCGGACCCAGUGGCCAUCUCCUGAGGAGUACAGCCAGCUGGAGGUCCAAACAAACCUUGGACGCACCGACAUUGUCCGCUGGUUCAAGGACCACCGCUCGGCAUUGAAGAAUGGUGAAACUCUGGACUGGAUGGAAGGUUUCCAAAACCAAAACUUUGUUGAGCAGCAGAAAGCAGGCCAGGAACAGAACAGCCAGAGUUAUGAGAAAAAGCAGUGUGUGUCCUUGGAAGUCAAGGCUGUAAAAGUGGAGGAAGCUGGUGAGAACACAUCAGCUACAGAACACUCCAAGCUGUCAGAACAAGACAAAGUACAGUGGUUGACUGACAGACUAGCCCACAGUGUGACAGACCUGAGCCGGUCCAGACCGGACCAGACUACUUCUAGCACUGCUGACAAAGGGAGGUGGGUAAAGGUGACUGUGGCGGUGGGGGAGGAGACUGAAGGAGGAGUGGAAAGACAGAGGCUGGCAACUGACUCUGAUGUUUUGAACUCGGAGCAACCAGGGAGGGUCACUGGUUGAUGGUAAAUCGUUGACCUCUGAGUCACCGACCACCAUGCGACGACUCAUGAUGAGCAAAUGUGGAACCAGUGAUGUAACUGUCUGCCUGUGAUGUCAUCACAAAGCACCGGGGUCCUUGGACGUCACUGUUAAAGCACUGAUGUGAGGUGCAGAGGCUCACAUUAAGAGGAGUGCCAAAGCUGGACUUGAUGCAUUGUUCUUAUAACUACUACACUUUUUUUUUUUUUCCUUUUUUUUUUUUUUAAAGAAAGAAAGAAAAAAAAGAAGCACCCUUGUAAAUAUUUUUCUGUAUUACAAAAAAGAAGUUUGUACAGUUUUACUGGGAGGGCAAUUUUUCUUACAUUUUUUUAAAAAAAACAAAAAAAAAAAGUCCGACUGGUGCCCCAAAACCUGUAAUGGGUUUGUUUUUUUUUUUUUUUUUUUUUAAGAUCAAAGUGUCUGUUUUUCGCUGAAAAUCAGUCUUUUUUGAAAAUCCUACUUGCACACUACUCUUUAUGAGCAGUCUUUGAUGGCACUUGCAUAUAUCUCCGCUGUAGUGAUAGAUAUUCUCAUGAUAGGCCACUUCAUCUCAAGCUGUAACUUUUCCUUUUCUCCUGCAGCGUCACCUUGACUCGCCCUAGUAGAAUUAUGCAGGUGAAGUUGGUAAUCACUCACAAGUGCUAGAUGGGCAGUUAGGAGGAAUAACAGUGUUUUGGGCAAUCUGAACACUUGGUCUUGGACCAGGACUAACGGCAUUAGGGCGAAUGAAUGAAUGCACUGUACAUCCUAACUUAUUGUAUCUUUUCUAAUAAGCUGAAUCUUGCAUCAGUACCUGAGGCAUGUUCAAGAAACAGUACAGAACGUUCCUUUUUCUGAAAUAGAAAUGAUUAAUCACAUAGAGUGGAGUGUCUGUUCGAUCACACCAUGAUGCCUUUUCAGCUCGCUUAUCUGACAUUUCCCGUCUGCAUCAGAACUGGCUUGAGGACAGACUAGUAGGGAUGAUUUCAAUUUACGGGAUCUUUGUUUUAAAAAAAACUUGAAAUAUUUUUGACUAAACUUGCCAAGAACAUCUUGGUGAAAGUGUUUGACGCAUGAUAAAAAUAAUCAAAGCUCCUUUCUUUGAACCAUUUCAGGAAUCCAUUUUGUCUCAGCUGUGAUCUGUGAACACACCUCUUGUAUUCUCUCUAGGCUUUCUGGUUUUACAUUGGUCCAUCUAUUCAAGGCAGGACCGGGUUCAGUUGAUUCCUGUUCAGUCAGUUCACGACAACCAAAAGGGGGCUCAUGAAUCUGUGUUACAGAGAGAAAUGAUCAAAACUGUGCUGAUUUUAUUUGGAAUCGUUGGAAAGUAUCACAACAGCCAAAGCUGUCAUGGACUGUUUGCAUGUGCUUCAACAAUUUUCCUUUUUCACAACUCAUUUUCAGAAAUGAUUUAAAGGAAUUUCUGUGAUUUAUGGGUCAAAUUGCAAGUCCUUGCAAUAUUUGUGCAAGUGAAAAGAGUUAAUUUCAGCUGUCAUUUUGAAUUGAUGAUAACCCUGGUUUGAACAGCAGGUGUAUGGCUGUUUGCUGGCUGAAUGUCUGUUGCUACUGCUGCUUUAGUUUCAUGUUCAGACAAGUAUCUGGGAUACUGUACAUUUGGUUGGCUAGUACGGAAUACCGCUUGGAUUUUCAUUUUCUACUUUAAGUCUGCUGUAACUGAAUAAACACACAACUGACUGUA